AUGCAAGGAGCAGGGUAUGCCGACAUCCUUAUUGAAGCAAAACUUGUCACAAGUGCAUCACUCAUAGGUGUACUUAGUGGGAAGAAUUGGGCUCUGGCUAUUUGGUGUCUUCGGACGGUAACAGAAGCAGCUGAGCGCUUGCUAAUUGAAGUUUUCAUUGAGGAGGAGGGUGUUGAGAUCAGUACGUUGGCACUCUUCAGCCUGAUCGAGGAGACAAACUGUGAACAUCUAGAUGCGGUCCUCAAUGAUGAACCAACCAAGGCCAUCAUCCAAGCCUACCUCAACUUCCAGGAGAAAGUCAGGAAGGGUCACCUUGGCAAAACAGCAAUCCUGUGGAUGUCAUUCAUAGACAACAGCCAUGUGCUGUUCAUGCUGUUGUUUGCUGUGAAGACCAACAACGUGGCACUGUUCCAUAAGUGCAACAGUCAGAUGGCGCACCUCUUCUUUGCGUAUGAUGGCCAGAACUAUGCCAGGUACAGUACAUCUCUUGCACAUAGAAUACAGUUGGUUAAAUAACUAUUUUCUUUGAAAGAUGAUACAUCUAUUGCCUCUGUCUAAUUUCAGGUAUCUGGCUUGGUUUGACGUGUUCUUGACGAACCUGGAGCUCUCUCAUCCUGGUGGGUGGGAUCUGCUGAGCAAGGGUGCAAUUGGAGUAGUACGCUCACUGAUUCCUGGGGCCCUGGCUGUGGUUGAUAAGACCAUGGAGGAGACAUUUAUGAAGUUCGCCAAGUCAUCAGGUUAGUUGUUUAAUUCAGAUGAUAAAAUGAUUAUUGCUGCAACACAUACUCCAUAUUAAUGAAUUCAAUUCCAUUCAGGUGGUUUACGGGGCAUCUUUAAGAUGUUUGACACGUACACACGCUUCUGCCGCACUACUUCAACACGAGGACAAUACUUCGAGCAACUUCUUGAGAUGUGUGGCAUGAGCAAUGACCCAGACAGUGCCAGUGGUGGAAUGCACAGAGAGCUUGAGAAAGCUGAAAUUACAAAGAGCGAAUCUGCAGUGCAACAAGCGAUGAUGGCAUUUACCAGCUGCUUUAUGAACCCAUGGCGUGUUCCGGACAAGACCAGACUGUACAAUAUUGCAUCUGGUGCACCUGUCUCUAAAGAUGUUGAGUUUGAUGUCUUACGUGCAGAUGCUCUGGGUAAAGAGCUGAAGGAGAAGUUCAUCAAAGAACGGCUGCAGAGUGGAGAUCGAACCAGCUUCUUUGACAAACUGCCAAGGCAGAAGCUCCGCAGGAUGACAGACAGUAACCAUAAGCUGAAACUCACAUCCUCACAGGGCAAGGUACACACACAAGCUUUAGCACAGUAUUAAAUAGAAUUUAACCCAAGUAAAGUCCAUCAGAUGUGUAAGUGUAUGAUUUGUGUCUAUUUUGAGAAAUAUAAUGUACUGACUUGUAAUAAACAUUUUUGCUUUGCAGAUGAUCCAAUAUCAAGAACAGAACCAACUUGCCUUCACCCUUCCCAUCAGAUCUCAACUAACAGAGACCCCAAUUGACCUUGAAGAGGUGAUGCGCUACCCUCUCGCUACUGUCCCUCACUCACUCGGCACCCCAGAUGGCUUCUUUGCCAAGACGAAUAAGGCAUCCAUGGUGCAUUACCUGCUAAGCGAUGUGAAUAUGCCAGACUAUCCUACCGGAGCCAUGUUCAUUCAAGAUGGAAAUACUCUCUUCCAUACCCUGACAAACCUGCCACACACAUAUGGACAGAUCUGCAAGCAAGUGCUAAGAAACAUGUCAGCAAAAGGCAACUUCAUCUUCUCCACCGACAAUUAUGAGCCUGGUUCAAUAAAAGCUAAAGAGAGACUGAGACGUGGCUUUGGAGAGAAAUGCAUCAUUGAGGGGCCCUAGACAGUACGUGCACCAGAUUUUAAGCUGUUUCUUGCUAAUGAGGAGAACAAGAAGCAGUUGUGUGAGUUGCUCUACAGAGUCUGGAGUCCUGCUGAAUCAGCAGAGCAGCUGGCACGUUGUGGAACAGCAAUCCUAUGUGUAGAAGGCAAGGCCCACUCCCUCUCAGCAGUAGGUGGUGAGGUAAAUAAAAAUGUAAAUAUAUAAAUAAAUUACUCAUACUUUACUAUUUUAUAGUAAAAGUCAAAUGCUAUUUUAUGUCUCAGGUCACAUCUGAGGAGAUCCACAGCCUUCGGUCUAACCAGGAGGAAACGGACACAAGAAUCGUCAUCUACUGUAACCUCGCUGCUGAGUUGGGGUUCACUUCGACAGUUGUCCGCACACCGGACAGUGAUGUUUUGUUCAUCUUACUGUACCAUGCGCAUAACAUCAAGUUAACGGUGUACAUUGACAUCGGUACUGGGAAGGGCAGACAACUGGUGAAUGUGACUCAGCUGGCAAACGAUCUUGGCUCUGAAUACUGCAAGACCUUACUUGGGUACUAUGUCUUCAGUGGUGAAGAUUGCACCAGUGCCUUCAAAGGCAAGGGUAAAGUUGGACCCCUGAAGAAGCUGCAGAAGAGCCCCAAGUACCAGGCUGCGUUCAGGUGACAUGGCUCUCUUUCAUAAUUUCACCUCCUUGACUCGAAUGACACUUGAAAGUAAACAGUGUUUUCCUAUUUCAGGGAACUUGGUGUGGAAUGGUGCCUCUCAAGCAGCUGCAAGGAGGACCUGGAACAUUUCAUAUGCCUCAUGUAUGGUCAUGGUCGGGAGAAGAAAGUAGAUGCAGUGCGUGUAAAGAUGAUUCACAAGAUGGUCAGUGACGAUGAGUCCCUCUCGGCCAAGUCUAAGGUGGACCUUGGACGUCUCCCACCACCACAGUGCAGUCUCUCCACCCAUCUUGAUCGCUGCAACCACAGAGUGGCAUGUUAUAAGCGAGCAGCUGCACCUAUUUUUGAGCAACCAAAACCAUAUGACCCAGAUCAGGUAAGAAUGGUUCAAUUUGGAUUUUCAUGUAUAACAAGAACAUCCAUGGUAUAAAUAACACUUUGACAUUCACCAGGGAUGGGAAACAAAUGAGGAGGGAGCACUUGAGCCUAUAUGGACUGCUGGACCCAUCAUGCCCUCAUCCCUGGUUGACAUACUUGCAGUGGAGGCUGAGAGCGAAGAAGAGGAAGAAGAGCAAGAUGAGACCAUUGAAGAUGACAUGAAUAAUGAUAAAGAGGACUAUCAAAAUUAA